GCCUAGAAAGUGAGUCCGCUCGCCCUUUCCCAUUCUCAGCUUCUCACGUUCGCUCGUAAGACUCGGCCGACUAUCCCAAGCCUUGCACAGCCGUUCCGUGCCUUGCCUCGCAUCCCUCGGUGUGAACCUGAGAUUUCUCUGCAGCUAUAUCCAUGAAUUUACCAGUUUUGUACUUUUAUGAAUUUCUUCUAUCGUCGUGCUCGUGUCUGAUCAAACCUCUGUUUCCAGAAGCUUCCAAUAGCUUGUGAUUCUUCCCCGCCAAAUAAUUUUAUUUUUUUUCCAGCCGCUGUACCCAUUUUCUCGGCAACCAAACAGACCCUUGAUUGCAAAACCUAAUUACACCAAAAAUGUCAGGUUCCUGCGCCAACUGCAAGUCCAAAUCGUUAGUUCGGGACCUCACCUCCGAAAGUCUGGUAUGCGAAUCCUGCGGCUUCGUCCAAGAAUUCGAAAACUUCCAGGAUCACUUCGGCGGCAUAAACGGUCCCCAAGGGACCUUCGUCCGCGUCGGAACCGCAGGUACGGGCAGCGUUUUCGAUUACAAAGACAAGAAAAUCUAUGAGGCUCAGAAACUAAUCGACGAUAUCUUGCAUAGGUUAGGGUUGGCCUCGAAAUCUUACGAUGUUAAAAACAUGGUCAAUUCCAUUACGGAAGGCGAGUAUGGUCAAGGUGAUUGGUUUGGGGUUUUCGUUGGUGCUUGUGCCUAUGUUGUUAUGAGGAAAGACAAGCGGUCGUUGCCGAUGCCAAUGGCCGAGGUGUCCUCAGUUGUUGGUUGUGAUGAGUAUGAACUGGGCAAAAUGGUUUCUCGUGUUGUCAAGUUUCAAAAUUUGAAGAGACCCGAGUACCCUGAAUUCAAUGUGGUCAGCUCUUUCGAACGGGCAUUGCAAAAUUCCCAGAUUUUCGGUAACGUUGGAGAUGACAAGAAGGAGAGAAUCCGGCGACAAGGGAUCUUUUUGAUACAAUGUAUGGUGAAGUGGUCUCUGACAACUGGGAGGCGGCCGGUUCCGGUGGUGGCUGCGGUUUUGGCCUUCUUGGGCGAGUUGAAUCAAGUAGAUGUUAGGAUUGAGAAUGUGGCCAAAGAAGUUCACGCCACUGUUUGUACGAGCAAAUUGAGGUAUAAGGAACUGUUAGAGGCGCUUGUUAAGGUGGCUCAAGCAUUGCCUUGGGGGAAGAAUGUUAACACUAAGAACAUUGUGAAUAAUGCUCCUUUUGUAAUUAAGUACAUGGAGCAGAAGUCUAUGUCAAGGCCAGGUCAAAAGAGGACGGAAUUGGAGCGGUUUCAGUUUAAUUUGGAAGAUGUGGUUAGUGAGUGUUUAAGGAAAGAUGUUGAGUAUGGGAAUGAUAUGACUGAUGUGGUUGAUAAUGAUUUUGGUUAUUUUGAGGUAGACAUGGAUAGCAGGGGUUUGCCGAGUACAGAUGAUGCGGAGAAGUUUAGUCUUUCAUCUGAAUGCUUAAUGAUGAUCUAUGAAAAUUUUUCUAGUGAGGUGGGUUGUGCAAAUUCUUCUAGAGAGAGCAGAAGUGUGGUUCAUAGAAGAGAAAAGAGGGAUUUUGACAUUGGUGCUUGUACAGAGUGGUGGAGUGGAGAGUCAGAGUUGAGCAAAAAGCUUUUACUCAAGCAAAUAUUGGAGAAGGAUGUGGGGCUGAACGCCUUGCCCCCAGCUUUUGUUACUAAUUGCAAGGUUUAUGAGAAGAGGAGAGAAAAGAUUAAUGCUGCUAAGCAGCGCAUUGAUCGAAUUAUGCACCCCUCUACUUCAGUUGAUUGCAUUAAGAACUUUAUUGUGGACUAUGAACAACCUAGAAAGAAGAGGAAGAGAGCAAAAGUUAGUGCCAUUGAUUGGGAAGAUUUGAUUAUUGAGAUGCUCCUCCUUCAUCAAGUGAAAGAAGAGGAAAUAGAGAAGGGUCAUUAUAACACCUUAAUGGAUUUGUAUGUGUUUAAUUCUGGAAUUGUUCCGGAGUUCCCUGCUUGAUGAGAAGCAUGACAGAUGGAGUUCUGCAUAUUUAUCUUUCCGACUGCUAAGAUCAAAAAGACAUUGUCCCGAGGCUUUGUUCCAAUUUUGUAAUCCAUACCAGGUUUUUUGAUUUUGUUCCAAUUUUCAUAUACACACUGGUCUUCCAGAGAUAUUGACAUUUUGUUAAACAUACACGCAUACAGUCAUUUUUGUCGCUUUGAUAUUUAGGACCCAAAUUCUUCAGGUCAUACAGACUAAGAGAGAUGUUUAGAAGGGACUGAUGGGAGCUUAUAGGGUAUAGUUUGUUAGCAUAGGGAAUUGGGAAAGUUGUUAUUUAACCAUUGUAUGGCUGAGUGGAAGGGAGGAAAUGAGUAGGUGAAUUGAGCUUUGUUCUUCCGAGAGGUUCAGGCCCUCAAAGUUCUUGCUUGGCUAUCAUAUAUUCUGUAAUUUGUUCCAUUUUCAGCAAUACAAUCUUCCAUUUUCUUA